UUAAAAGAAAACGAAAUGAUGAAUUUAAAAGAGAAAUAAUUAUCAUUUCUGAAAGUGAUAGUGAGGAUGAGUUGCCAGAAGUUGAAACACUUCUUUCGAAUAUUUUUAAAAAACAAAAACUACCAGAUAAAAAGACCGAAAAGAAACCUGUUACUAAAAAUGAUGAAUUUAUAUUCAUAACAAAUGAUAAAAAGUACAUUUUAACGAAAGAAGAAAUUCAAGCUAAAAUUGAUAGAUUGAGAAAGCGACUGAACCUUAAAAAAAAUAAAACUAAAGUAAUUAAUUUGCUCAAAAACUUCGAUGGUACAUAUUUCUACAAGGGAUUCAUGGGACAGACACAUUUUGCAAAGAAUAAUCCAUUGUGUUUGGUUGAUAGGGUGAAUGAUUUUGUUUCUGGUUACUACGGGUUUUUAGGUUAUAGAAUCCUUUUCGAUUUUAUUAGCAAGAUUAUUACAGAAAAUACUUUGAUGUUAUCAGAAAUUGAUAGGGAUAAUUUUAUUAGUGAGGUCAUCAUUCCAGAAAUGAGUGUACAACUAAUUAUGGAAGAUUUAAAUGUCGAUUAUGAAUUAGGUAUUGAGAUUCGUGAAUCUAGUUCUGAAUAUGGUUCGGUACAUUUUAUCGGUAGUGAAGAUCUUUCGUAUAGUUCUGUGGGAAUGGAUGCAUUUAUGGAUAAGGUAACUAAGGAGCUUAUGGAUGAUUCGAAUAAAGAUAUGGAGUAA